ACCCCCARGUGCCGCCUGGCCCCGCCCCCGCUCUCCAUAGUUACGGCGCUGUGGAGGCGGCGGCCAUCUUGGCUGUGGAGCGAUGAACGGGUCGAACCCCAAGGCUAUGGCCGCGGGGUCGGCUGCGGGGCCCGGGGGGCUGGUGGCUGGCAAGGAGGAGAAGAAGAAAGCGGGCGGUGGCGUCCUGAACCGGCUCAAAGCGCGGCGGCAGGCGGCCCCCCACGCGGCCGACGACGGCAUCGGGGCAGCGGUCACGGAGCAGGAGCUGCUGGCCCUGGACACCAUCCGCCCUGAGCACGUCUUGCGCCUCAGCCGGGUCACUGAAAAUUACUUGUGUAAACCUGAAGACAACAUCUACAGUAUUGAUUUCACCCGCUUCAAAAUUCGAGAUUUGGAGACGGGGACAGUGCUUUUUGAAAUUGCCAAACCUUGCAUUUCAGGUGGUCAGAGGGUUGGGUCUGGAAUGGCCUGGAGUAGACAUCAGUCCAAGGAAGUGCAGUACCUCAAGGCUGUAGACCAGGAGGAAGAUGAGGAGGAGGAAGGCGGAGAUGUGGACAUCACUGCAGGACGCUUUGUGCGAUAUCAGUUCACACCAGCAUUUCUCCGCCUCCGGACAGUCGGCGCCACGGUGGAGUUCACAGUGGGAGACAAACCUGUGUCAAACUUCCGUAUGAUAGAACGGCACUAUUUCCGAGAACGCUUACUGAAGAACUUUGACUUUGAUUUUGGCUUCUGCAUUCCCAGCAGUAGGAACACUUGUGAACAUAUCUAUGAAUUUCCCCAGCUUUCAGAGGACGUCAUUCGUCUGAUGAUUGAAAACCCGUAUGAGACCCGCUCCGACAGUUUCUACUUUGUGGACAACAAGCUGAUAAUGCACAACAAGGCUGAUUAUGCCUAUAAUGGAGGCCAGUAAUUGCUAAGGAGUGGACAAGGAAGGUGCUUUUACUGCAGCCAUGUAGUCCUGGCACACAGAGGGGAUUGAGGCUGCUCUUUGUCAACACAGCUGGAACCUGGCCCAGGAAGCCAAGGUUGGGGUAGCAGUUUCCUGUGCUCCAGGGAAGUGCCAAACAGUGCUGUGUUUUCUUCCCUAAUUUUUUUUUUCCCUUCCCCCCUUCCCUCUAGGUCACAGAGGUAUUAUAGUAAAGUAAGAUUAGAAUAGGGCUCUUGGAAUCCAGAUAAAAAAGGAAGUUUAUUUUCAUGUAAUUCUAGCUGUCUGCUGCUUGUCCUGACAACCUCAGUCUCUCCAGGCACAUGUGAGUGGGUGAGAAGGCUCUGGCUGGGCCGGCCUGUGGGUUAGCAGUCCAUCUUGAGGUCCCUGGGUGCUGCGGGUAGCUGAAAGGUAGGCUUCUUCUGUUCACUUCAGGCCAUCAACACAGCCUGCCCUCACCCGUCGUCUAAAUCAGCUGGAAGAAACCUGAAAGGCAAUAGAGGGGAGAGGUGGGGUGCUGAGCACUGGGGCACUGGGGACAGGAGAUGCUGCCAAACUGAAGGAUCCAUUUUUUGGAGAGGCCUGCUUGUCUGUCCGACUACAGGAUUUUCAGCCAGUCCUCCUGGAGAUGGACCAAGGUUUCGGCCCAGCAGUGCCUUCUCCUUCUGGGAUAGAUGAGCUUGCUCUGCCUCUCCUGGCUCCUCACUCUGAAUAUCUCCUGGAGUAAAAUGUGUCUGUUUUGCUCCUGGAGCAUAGUAUCUCGAGGCCAGAGCAGGCCUCCUUUUAUUUUGAUUUUUUUAUUUUUACACUUUGGGGAAGUUUUUACAAAAUGUCGGUGGUAUUCCCAGCACAUGUGAUGUGUGGUUAGACUUCUGAUAGUAUUGAUCAGCCUCCCGGGGCUAAUCUGGCUCAUGUAGCAGGAGGUAAUUACAAACCAGCAGCUACUUUAAAGAGAGAGUUGGUUUUCUCAACACAGUGUAGCCGGGAAGGUUUGCUUUGGGUGGGGAUUUGCCUCCAAAAUUCAUUGUGGAUUUCUUAUUUAGGGUUUUCCCAGCUGCCUUUCUAAUGAAGUAGUUUCUGGGACCAUCUGGCAAGUCAGACUUAAGUAAUGAGUAUUCUGAUCCUUCAGGCUGCUAGUUGGAAUUGUUUGGGGUAUUUGGAAAGGGUGAGAAWAGGCCAAGGUAGCCUGUCAAAGUGAUAUGUUCUCAAAAUAGCUUCCUUGCACUUCCUGUGGGCUGCUUGUGUCCUCAGACCCUCAUUGGACAGACCCCCACUUCCUUAGCUCCUUAUGGUUGUCUCUGUGGGUGACUUUAGGUGCUCAACUCAGACUCCAUGACCCUCUGCUGUGGGUAGGGUCCAUUUAGUAUUGAUAGAAGGUAUCAAUAGCAAGGGACCAGGUGGGGUGAGUCACUGUGAGACAUCGAAGUGAGUACCUGUGAUAGGAACUGUGUCCCACAGUGAUUAGGAAAAAACCACAUGGGGCCAGGAAAAGAAGGGCCAGCUCUUUGCCCCAGAAGGCCCUGUGGCCAGUUUUGCUCCCUGUUGGGCUUCUAGAGCAUGAGAGGCCUUGAACCCUGGCCCAGUGCUUAGUACCUGGCUGAAGAAUCAGCGAUACCACAUACUGGCAGCUUUCUCACUGAGGAGGCCCUUGAGUACCCUGUGUGCUGGCACUGGAUUCACCCACUGAGGGAGGGAAGAGAUCUUGCGCCCUGCAGCAUGGGUGCCUCUUCACCAGAUUGGUGAAACUCAGAACUGGAGUCACUUCCAAAUCCAGGUGCCUUAAGUGUGGCUGUGUCCCAUAUGCUGCUGGGGAAAGCUGCAUCGCCACCAUUCCCUCCUCUUCACCUGCGGACAGACAUCAGCACUGUCUUAACCUUCUCUUUCUAUUUGUGGUUCCUCUAACGGGAUUUGUGUGUUCCUGGCAAGCUUCCGAACACUCCCUUCUCUGUGUAACAAAAGCCCAAUUGGGAGAGUUUCUGCCACCCGAAAUUUAAAUAUUGACUAGGAUAUGCUUUCUGGAGCUGCCCAGAGCUCUGCUGAACAGAGUGUAUCUUAAAAGAUGUGUCCCAGGGCAGACUCUCUCCUGUGCUCUAAGGGGCUCUCUUACCUGCCCUGUUAGCUUUUGCUAGGAAGAGUACCURGAGGAUGGAGAAGACGGGCACCCUGGCUUGAGUAGUGCUGUAUCCCCUUCCCUUUUAGCUUGCCUUAGUCUCACUGGAGACCAUUUUGAGACCAAGUGCUCACCUGUGCCCAGCAGGACAGGAAUUUGCCAUCUUCUCCUGAAAGCCCAGAGUUCUGUCUGGGGCUCUCAGGAGUCCUGUGUCUAGCUGCUCAGGAAAUCUCAAGAAGCAUUACCACUCUGGGUGUUAACUGAAAUGAAUUACAAAUUUAAACGUUUACACCUGAAUCCAGGAGGGAAUUGGAAGUCAUGCUUUCUCUGAGAGUAGAUGAACCAGUCUGAAGUAGAGCCAGGAGGCUGUGCUGAGGAAUCUGGACUGUUGAUAGCGGUUUUCUGGUACGUGACAUAAUACGAGGGAACAAAACAAUCUCCAUGCAGGGUAGCCCAUGCCCUCUGUGAAGAGCUGGCAUCAGAGGCAGCUCCUGGAGAGAGCUCACUCCAGCAGCCCACUUGGGGCAGGGCUUCUGCCUCGUCCCUCUGUCCCCUGUCCCUCURUCUUGGAAUCCCUAGAGAGGGCCUCUCCUUUCCUGUACAGACUUCAGGCUAAGUUGCCCUCCUGGGAAGAUCCUAUGGAAGAUUCUGGUUUCAUUACAUGUUCUAAAGUAUACAACUAGAAGUAAUUUGGGGCUUAAGAAAGCUGUCAUCUCUUUUGUUAGCUCAAAGUUGUCUUGUGGAGAAAAGAUUCUCCAGGGGCAUGGACUUCCUGAAGAGCCUGAGGCUUUGACACCUGAUUUCUGAAACCUAGGGACAGUGGCUUCAGAUGUCUGCUAAUGACCAUAGAAAUGUCAGUGAUUGGUAAUCUUCAACUUAAUUUUUCAGUGGAAGUAGAGCCCAUUUCUGGACUGGAUUAAUAGAUUGUGUCUAAGGUGCAGACUCAGUGAGUUUGCAGUUAGUGUGUUCUGCCAACAUGGUGAACUCCCAGGGUAUUUUUUUUUUUUCUUCUUCUUCUUUCUAAAGUCACUUUCUUCUGRUGACCAAUGUCACCAUGAUAUCAGUAGUUGUUUGGGAAUGGGAACAGUGUGUCUUAAGAAUGACCACAUAGAUCCUUGUCAGUGCACAGGAUUCCUGUUGAAGAGGUGCUGCCAUACCUAGUGUAGGAGCCUAGUCGUUGAACCAUCUUAUUACAUUCCAUGUCACAGAACCUCCUAGCCACAAUAAGGAUCUGAUGGAGAUGGAUUUACCCUUACAAAGUAUCAUGUAAAGUCAUUAAAAUUGUGAAAGUCUAUUUUUUCCUUGUAAAUCUAUUUUUCACAGAAUAUAAGAAACGUCAAUGACCUGAUCUGUCCUUCCUCCUCUUCCUCACUUCACCCGAGAUCCUCAUUCCUGUUUGUAUUGUUUUUGUGUCCAAAGUAAACUAGGUGACUUAUUUGUAUAAAAUAUUAUUUUGCCACAGAGACAGUAAUUAAAGAAAGAUUUUCACAGUACCUCCACCCUGUCUUAUCUCC